AUCAUGGCGGCGCCGAGUAGGAAGCAGCUGUUGAGGUUUCUCAGCCAGUUGGGCGCCUUUAUUUUGACCCGCUUUGGAUUUUGGAACUGCUUCUGUAUGUUAAUGCUGUUUGCUGAACGAGCCGACUCCAAAAGGAAGCCAGACAUCCACGUGCCGUACCUGUACGUGGACAUGGGGGCGGCAGUACUGUGCGCCAGCUUCAUGUCGUUCGGGGUGAAGAGGCGUUGGUUCGCAAUGGCCGCCGCCGUCCAGCUGACAGUCAGCACGUACGUGUCGUACGUUGGCGAGCAGGUGCACUACGGCGACUGGCUCAAGGUGCGCAUGUAUUCCCGAGCGCUCGCCAUCGUCGGGGGCUUCCUGGUUCUGGCCAGCGGGGCAGGCGAGGUGUACCGGCAGAAAGCACGCAGCAGGUCCCUGCAGUCCACGGGUCAAAUCUUCCUGGGGGUCUACCUCAUCUGUGUGGUGUACUCGCUGCAGCACAGCAAGGAGGACCGUCUGGCCUACUUGAACCACCUGCCAGGCGGCGAGGUGGUCCUGGUCUUGCUGGCGGUGGCGUUGGGCGCGCUGGCUGUGGCCUUCCUGUCAGGCCGCUACGUGCGCACGGCGGCGCAGGUCCUCGCCACGGCCCUGCCGCUGGUCGUGCUGCUCAUCGACGGCAACCUGGGCUACUGGCACCACACGCGCAAGGUCGAGUUCUGGAACCAGAUGAAGCUCAUCGGGCACAACGUGGGAAUCUUCGGCGCCGCCCUCAUCCUAGCAACGGACGCUUGAAGGAUCACCCACAGGACUAAAAACAGUGAACACGCCAAUCCUGAAACUUUUUGGUACUGUUAAAUGUCUUUGGGCUUAAAUUAGUCUGAAAGUUCUCCAACUUAAUUGAUGCUAGAAAACAGCAGUGUAUUAUUUAACGCUUUUGAUGUAAAUAUGUCCUUUUAUACAAUUGCAUUGUUAUUUUUGUCAUUAAAAUGAGAUUAUGCAAAUUCACUUUGUGUGGAGUUGUUAUAAAUGAAUCCAACCUCAAAAGGUACCAUAAUUCCAAACUUAAUUAGCCUGUUACAUCGCAGGUCAAA